GUGAGUUGUCAAACAUCUACCGCGACUGCACAACACGGUCAAGUCAACGGUAACAAGACGUGGUGCGUCAUUUGCGCGUAAAAAAAACGCGUCAGUCCUCGGAAAUAUUCAUGGCGAAUCGGGAACAUGGGGAGUGGAACCACCCUGCGAGAUAUCAAUGGGGAGCUGCAGACAUUUAUACUGCGGGCCAUGAGAGCUCGAGUUUUAGGCCGGAAAACAGACACCGUUCGAAGUGGGCCCAGGCUCGACAGCACCCGGUCGCGCGGAAAGACGACAACGCGUACGGUUCCAGAAAAGACGGCCGAAAGAAGCACAGCCAACAGUGCAUCGGUCCUGGGUUCUACAUCCCUCGUUACAAGCGGGCAAGCUAUCCGGAGGCGGUGCUGUACCCAAACGAUGACCCUCACCCUGCAAAACGGCCGAUCUACGACGACUUCCGCCACCCAAAACACGUCCCCAAACCGGCGCGCUGGGAGGAAAUCUUGGAAGAGUUCGACCGUCUUUGGAAACUGUCCAGGUCCUACCAACUAAAAGAGUUUCGGAAGAAAGCUGACCCCUCCAGACCCGUAUCUGAGCAGAACUUCAACAAGCAAACAGACCUCAAGUACAAAAUUCCAAGUCCACGGCGGACCAGAAGUUGCCCGGUGUCUCCACAGAAGGCGAGAAAGAGAGCCUUCAAACCCUGGAUCCCAUGAGAAGACAAGGGCAAAUUGUCGAGACCAGCCCAGGAGUCAACCUUAACUUAUCGCUAGCUACUAGUAUUUGUCGACCGAUAUUGGAGGAUACUAGUGAAGUGGCAUCUUCUAGAGUAUAAGGGGAUGUAAUACACACAAACUUCGAAUUCAAUACGUCUGUAGUUCGUCACUGUCGAUAUCACCAAUGAACAGAAACUCAAGCAGACUUGAAACUGUUUCCGUUCGUGUAAAGUGUGGUAAGUUACGUUUGGAACCAUAAGUUGAGCAGUGCCUACAAAGGCUCUCAACACCUGGAGGGCUUAAUUUUGUGCUCUAGCAAACCAAUAUUAGUGGUCACAUUCAGAAGUGGCGUUGUUUAUAUUUUCAAACUAUUUCCAAGAGAUUUAAAAAUUGCACAAAGGCGAUUAAACAUCAUUUAUUAAAAACUAUACGUAAAGAA